UCCAUCUAUCGGCUAGCCCUCUUCUUAUUUCUCUCCACCACUUCUUCUUGCCUUGAGCUCACGUACAGUUGAAUAGGCUACGUAUAAGGGAGACCCUAGCACUCUUGCGCCAGGAUCUCUACCAACCCGUUACACUCCAGCUGUGCCUGAGCGCCCCAUCAUGGCGUCGAGUUCGGGGCAGUCAAACCAACUGCUCUAUGCAUGCAUCGCUCAUGGCACCACUAUUCUCACGGAGCAUACAUCCCCCGGCACCUCGUCGUCUUCGGCCUCGUCACUCGCCUCGGUCAUUCUCCCCAAGAUCUCCCAUUCCACCCCUGCGAAACUCACCUACACUCACGACCGUCUGUUUGUUCACUAUAUAGCGGACUCACCUUCGUCUACCUCGAAUGGCUCGGACGAGCAACUCUCCAGCCAUGCAGCUCUCACCUACAUGGUCGUUGCUCAGACGGAGAUGGGCCGGCGUGUACCCUUUGCGUUCUUGCUGGAGCUCAAGAAGAAGUUUCUAGCACAGUACAAGCCUGAAUCCACCGAUUUCUCGUCUCUGCCCGCGUAUGGCACCGCAGCCUUUAACUCUACCCUCAAGGCGAUGAUCCAGCAGUAUAAUACCGCCCCACCGAGUGACGCAUUGACAAAUGCACGCAAGGAGAUUGACAGCGUCAGAGAUAUCAUGACUGAGAACAUUGAGCGGGUGCUGGAGAGGGGUGAGAGAAUUGAUCUGUUGGUAGACAAGACAGAUCGGCUGGGAGGGAGUGCGCGGGACUUCCGAGUGCGCAGUAGAGGAUUACGACGGCAGAUGUGGUGGAAGAACGUGCGGGUAAUGGUGCUGCUGGUGGUGGUUGUCAUCUUCCUGAUAUAUUUGUUCGUAGGGUUUGGCUGUGGAUUGCCGGCCUGGAGCAAGUGUGUCGGGUGAAAGAAGGUGGUCCUCCUGCGCCGGUUUUGAUCAAAGCAGACUGGUUGAAGGGUUCUUCUGGACGGUUUUCUUUCCGCGGUGGCUACAGCGUGUAUUUCUAUGCGAGUUUGGGGGAAUUGCAUUCGUGGCUAUGGCCGCCAUUGCACAAAUCACUAUGACAUGUUUCUCGGGCGCCACAUGGCCCAUGUCCACACACCACCUCUUUCUUUGUGUAUGAUCUCCAUAUUGUU